AUGCAGGCCAAUCCUCCACCACCCAUGAUCAACAUGAACACCAGCAGCGGUCGCCAAAACGUGCCGUUGCGCGACUACCUCAACGCUCGCAUUGCGCCAUUCCUCAAGAAAGCGAUGACGGAGAGCAUAGGGUCAGAAGCAGAGUUCCCUCUACAGUGGCUAGGCGAACAUCUCAUACACCAGUCACUUCUCUACGAGAACAAUCCCGACGCCACAAACAUCCGUGAAAGAUUCAGAUACAACUUCGAUGCGCCUGCAGCUCAACAGCCGGUCGCUGAAGACACAAAAGUCAACGGCUCAGAGCCAAUAGCUACACAGGAUGCGGCAACAUUUGCUGCAGCUACAGUGUCAGUACCUCCACCACCGGAUGCAACGAUGACGAACAGCGAAGGAGGCGGGCAGCAAGCUGCUACUGGAGGAGAUUCAUCGACAGGCCAAGCAGAUGCUCCUGCAGCAAUUACAGACUCAGAAGAUGUCAAUAUGGCCGAUCCAUCGUGA